AUGCAGCAAUAUGCGCAGGCCGCCAAGGGCCUCAUAGCCAACCUGUCCAAAGACAUCAAGGAGCUCAACUUGCGGCUUCCAGACGUACUGACCGCCGCAGGCCAGCCCUCCUCGUCCGGCGCCCCGCUGCAGCGCACCGCCUCUGGCGCCUCUGGCGCCUCUGGCGCCAGCAGCAACCCCAGGCAGCCCGCCGCCCGCGGCGGCGCGGCGGCGACGGACGAGCGCGUCUCGCGGUUCAAGGCGGAGCUGCUGGCCAGCCGCAUCGACCUGCCGCGGCUGCGGGCGCUGGCGUUUGGUGGCAUCCCCGACCGAGACGGGCUCCGCGCCAUCACUUGGAAGGUGCUGCUCGGCUACCUGCCGCCGGACCCCUCGGGCUGGGACGAGCUGCUGGCGCGCAAGCGGACGCAGUACCUGCUGUUCUGCGAGGUGCGUUUUGACAUGGGCGCCGGCAGCGGUGGCGGUGGUGGCGGUGGUGGCGGUGGUGACAGUGGUUGUGGUGAU